GAAGCUGACUCAACAAGACAAAGGACUAGAAGAAGAUUAUCAGAAGCUUUCGAAGAUGCCAGUGGAAACAGCUCCUGCGGUCGGAAUCGACCUUGGAACAACUUACUCCUGUGUUGGAGUCUUUCAACAUGGUAAAGUUGAGAUCAUCGCUAACGAUCAAGGAAAUCGCACAACCCCUAGUUAUGUCGCUUUCACUGAGAGAGAACGUUUGAUCGGCGACGCUGCCAAGAACCAAGCAACGUUAAACCCAAGCAACACCAUCUUCGAUGCUAAAAGACUGAUCGGCAGGAAAUUUGAUGAUCCUGUGGUGCAAUCUGACAGGAAGAACUGGCCUUUCCAAGUCAUCAAUGAGAGUGGCAAACCAAAACUGCGUGUACAGACCAAAGACGCAUGGAAAGCUUUUACUCCAGAGGAAAUCAGCUCUAUGGUUCUCACGAAGAUGAAAGAGACAGCUGAAGCUUAUUUGGGCCAGACUGUUCGAGAUGUAGUUAUCACAGUUCCAGCUUAUUUCAAUGAUUCUCAGAGACAGGCCACAAAAGAUGCUGGGANCUUGGACAAAUUGGAGGAGAAAGCCCAGUUACUGCGCGGAGACUGCCCGCGUCAAAUAACGAAAGAGAGACUAAAGCAGUGGCUGUUGUGUCGAAAAGGAACGGUGAAGGAUGGAAGUGCGUGUUCCGACGCCACAAAGGCCGAACUCGCACAAACUACGGUCGUCAGCUAUAUUAAGAAUGGUUGGGAAAGUAAUUUUCCUGAGAAAUGGAAGCACUUGGCAUCAAAACAACCACACGAAUUGAUGGUCUCUACAACCACAGCAACAGGCACAAACAAUGCUGCUUGUAUUGUUUCUUUGGACACAGUCUGGCUACCAAUAACCCAAGCUAAGGAUAUUGUUCCUAAUUUCACAAUGCAGCAUUUCUUAGCCUAUUUCAUAGCGAGGAAAGUCAAAGGAAACGCGUCAACAAAGAUUAUAAAAAUGUUAGUUCGAAAGCAUUUGCCGCGAAAAAGAAAACUUCAACCCCAAACAGUAUAUGGAAUAGAUUUUUCGAAGAAAGUGUACAACAGAAAAGAAAGAAACACUGCUAAGUCACUUAAUGAUCCCAGACGCCCAUGUCACAGACCUAAUAAUGUUCAACAAGCCAACAUGGAACUUCUUGAGCUUAUUAAGAAUGUGAAAUCUAACAGUGGGUUCUUUACCUUGCUCUCAAGUGAAAAGGCUCAAGAAAAGCCUGAGAUAAUAUCUCCAAUCAAGAACAACAAAGUNUCAAAAGAGUUUACUACAUACUCAGAUAAUCAGCCAGCUGUUACCAUUCAGGUGUUUGAAGGAGAGCGUGCCCUGACCAAAGACAACAAUGAACUGGGACGAUUUGAGCUGAGCGGAAUCCCACCCGCUCCCCGGGGCGUGCCCAAAAUUGAAGUCUCUUUGGAUAUUGAUGCCAACGGGAUCUUGAACGUGUCCGCGAAGGAUCAGAGCACUGGAAGAACCAACACCAUCACUAUCACCAACGACAAGGGAAGGUUGUCUAAAGCUGACAUUGAUCGCAUGGUGGCUGAAGCCGAGAGAUACAAGGAAGAAGACGAGAAGCAACGUCAGAAAAUCUCAGCCAGAAACAGCUUGGAAAACUAUGCGUACAACGUCAAACAAUCGAUUGAAGACCCGAACGUGGAGAACAAACUCAGCUCUGCAGAUUUGGAGGCGGUAAAAAGCAAGGUGCAAGAAGUAAUCGAUUGGUUGGACAGAAAUUUACAGGCAGGCAAAGAAGAGUACGAAGAAAAAGAGAAAGAUCUACAGGGAGUGUGUUCACCAAUCAUGGCCAAAUUACAUGGACAGCAGCAGAGCACCAAAGGGUCUUGUAAUGGACCUACAGUAGAAGAAGUAGAUUAACUGAUUAGUCUCCAGUCAUUUUUGGACAUUCAUGACUUUUUUCAAAAUGAUUAGAAGAGAAAUCAGAGAAAUAUUGGUUUUACAAAUAGCUUGCAGAUUUUUCUAGGUUUUUUUUUGGAUACAUCAUAUUCACGGUAAAAAUAUUUUUCUUGACAUCAUUUGGAACAAGUGUCCUUACACAUUAUGCUAGUCCUUAUUAAGACUAUUUAGAUGUGCUCUCUGAAAAUUAGCAAACGUUAUUUUUCCGGACUUUUUACAAGCCUUAGCUGAGUAUUAUUGAAGUGUUAUUUCUUUAUAAAGCUUAAUGUAUCUUGUAGGAAACAUUAAAUUUCUAGUCAAACGUUGCGAUCGUGAUCCUACUUUUACUAUUUUAAACGA